CCAUCCUGGUUUAGUAGGUCACAUUGAAGCAGGAUGUUAUUUUAUCGUAGAGGUGGUUAAUCAUAAACCUUUCGUCACUGAGAUGAAACCGUUCACUCAGUCUGCCUUCUGUGUGUCUGUUGGGUGGGACAACAACGACAGUGAAACCAUCUGACAGGCCCUGGCCCAUAAGGAGGACAGCGCGGCUCGGUGGAAGUGGUCAAUCAACACUGUCGGGCACCUCAUUGGCGCAGUGUUGACGCCGAAGAGACGGAGUCGACGAGAAGGAGGACUUCGGGGGGUCAUUUCCUUACUAGUGCCACAAGUGGACGCCGGUCUUGUGAAGACGUCUGGCACGAGAAAAAUAAAAAGACGGAGUUUUUUUUCUGGGAGUGUGUCGUCGGGAAAAGACCGCGUUUGCACAGAGAGAGGACUUAGUGUUUCGAACCUUCUGUCUUGGGUUCUGAAGAGGUCGGUGCCAGCCAGAAAUGCAUGACAGGUGAAGUACUCUUCCGUAAAUUAAUCCAGCGUCUGAAAGCAUUUAAACUUGGAGCUGACGCACCACGAGGAGCAUUCAGCAGUUCUGCAGAUAGGAGAAAUUCACAGUGUGUGUGUGUGUGUGCAUUUAAAGCUCAGAAAACAGAAACACUGUUCGUGUUCACCGUUCACUUCAUAGAGGGAGGUAGUUCUGGUAGUUUCUGCCAAUCUUUCGCUAUUCACGCGCAAGCCAGCAAGAGUGCAUUGAAGCAGUCGGUGAUCUUAUUUCAAUGUCUGGAAUCUUCUCAUGAGGUGAAAGCACGAGCAAAGCACGGUCCGUGCUUCACAGGAGAGGACUUAAUCGACCUUGCGCUGAGUUUGCCUCGGGAAAUGUUUGCGGCUGUCUAGAUGCGAAACGUCGCCGGUACCCACAGAGGAACAAGCGCCCUCUAUUGUCUGGCUGAACAUUAACCUUUUAUUACUAUUAUUUUUUUUUUUUAGUUGUUGUUGCUGAGAAACAUUGUGGGUGUGUUUGCUGGACCCCCACACAGUUCUGGUCGUUCCACCGUGACCGUGUGACUGUGAUUGAUAUAGAAUCAGCUGACCGUGGCAUGACGUGUUUCUGUCAUUGUCCGCUGCGUCCGUCUGAGAACAAAUACAAAUAUUCUGUCUAAAAAUAAACCGAGUGGUUUUGAUUUUAAUAAGCGGAUUUCUCUCAGCUGAAGCAGUGAUGUCUGGUUCGCUUGGGUCUCCUCGUCUGCUGCACUUGUUUCACAAGACAUGGAGGUUGUUCAGCGUCUUGACUUUGAUGUGGAUGCUUACAACCCAGGUUGAAGGUCAUGGCCGGCUCCUGGACCCUCUCCGCUCUAGCAUGUGGCGUGUGCAUUUUUCCAAUCCUCCCAACUACGACGACAACCAGCUUUUCUGUGGCGGAGUAGCGGUCCAGUGGCACCAAAACGGUGGCAAGUGCGGAUUGUGCGGGGAUCCCUGGCCAGGCCCACGCGAAAACGAGGCUGGCGGGAGGUACGCCAACGGAAUCGUUACCCGCAGCUACGAAGUGGGUCAGGUCAUCGAUGUCUACAUCGAGCUGACAGCCAAUCACAAAGGUUACUUCGAGUUCCGCCUAUGCGAGCACAACAACCCUUUCAAGAACAUCACCCAGGAAUGUCUGGAUCAGCACCUGUUGGUGCUGGAUGAUACAGGCAGCGUUCGCUACCGGUGCCGGACGGCGCCUACAGCACGAAACUGGAUCAACCUGCGCCUGCGUCUGCCGCAGGGCCUGACCUGCGUCGCGUGCGUCUUCCAGUGGAAGUACAACGCCGGCAACAGCUGGGGCAAGGACCCGGUGACUGGAAAAGAGUGUGUGGGUUGCGGUCCUCAGGAACAGUUCUACGGCUGCGCUGACGUGGCCAUCGGCCACAAAGAGAUGCAGAUAGGACUGGUGCCCAAAAGGUACCCCUGGUACCUCCAGGACCCGGACUCCGAAUGGCACUACGGAGUGGCGUAUGUGUCCAGCGACACUGCAGCCAUCUCUGGCGCAGGCAGGACUUUAGCAGAAGGUCGCGGGGUCAGCGAGGUGGCGCUGUUUACAAUGCUUUUUGCUCUGUGUGUGCGCCGACUCCAGCUCAUCGCGAUAGGAUGACCGCCAGCCGAUCGUAAGUCGAUGAAAAUGCUUAAAAAAAGUAAAGUUCUGGGGAUUUAUAAAACUCUAAAAUUUGUGUUACAUAACUGGCUAAUCUGCCAUGCCAAGAUUAUGUAAUUCCUAUUCCAUAACGGGGCUAACAUAUUUCAUUGAUUGAAACAGGAACACCUUCCCCCUAAGCAAAACAACAACGAAAAAUGCGCUCAACAGUUUUUUUCUUUAACAUGAAGUCAUUGGACCCUCUGUUGAAACACUUAAAACUUCGUAAUAACAUGGUUUCGAAGAAAAGGGCGCACUAAUCUUUCAAAACAUCUUGACACGAUCUUAAAGUGCGGAGGUCAUCUGCCUAGGUUUUCAGACAUGUCUGUGGCGGUUCCCAGCCCUCCAUCUACAAUCUACAUCAACAUAAAAACCUAUUUACUCAGUGAAAGAGCGAAACAAGUCGACAUUUUUAAAAGCCAUUAUUUAGACGCGCGUGAGUGCACACACUCUAUGUAGACAAUCUUUGAAAUUGUCGCAACCUCAUACGGUAUUUCUUUGUUCAUGGUUUCAUUUGCUUCAUCUAUAGCCAUCAUAUAUCUGAUGUUUGUUUCAAUUUCGGCGACUUUGAAGGAAUGUGCCAUUACUGUGUUAAUCUCGGCGCUCGUCUCGCCUAGCCUUCAACCUGUCCACGUAUCUGUGUAUUUGUAUAUUAAUCACUUGCCUUUUCGUAUUUUAUUUUUUCUUUUGCAUCACCCAUCCACAUAAUAGAUGUCUUUCUAUAAAUUAUCAGUGAUGAAUGCAGUUAUGAAUACUACAGGAGUGAGUGAGAGAACUAUAGUAAUGAGUAAAGAAGUGUGGGUGAAAGGGGAGGGAAAGAUUAACAUUGUCGCCCAUUUGUAGAGUUGUAUAAUGUUUUCUUUGUGGCAAGUCCGCUCUCUUUUGCAUCAUAUUCCUGAAAUGUAAUUAGUUAUAUUUUUGUUGCAUAAAAUAAUUGUGUAUAUACAUGUAAUAUGGGUUCACAAAAUGUAAUUAAAUUUACACAAAAUAA